AUGAAUUUAUAUGGCGUGAAGAAGAAGUCUACUCCUUUCCGUCUUGUCGCAUUACUCAAUAUCGUGACAUUAGCUGUUUUUCGAAUAAGCGUUUCAUUCUACCUCGUUUAUUGGGCUAUCACGCAAAUCCCAGUGAUCCCUUGGCUGCAUACCAUUUUCACCAUCUUCGUGAUUUUUUCCUUGUUCUGUUCGAACACAGUUCUUGCCUACAGGGUCAUGGCGGCAGAUGGACUCUUCGGUGAAAAUUUCUUUGCUACUGGGCAAUCACGAGCUCGUAAGCCUCCACCACCGGUUUCCAACUCAGCAGUCGAUGUUGAGACAGGAGCACGAGGAGAGGAUGCCGACGAAGAGGAGGAGGUGAAUAAAACUCUGGAAACUAAUCUCGAAAUAACUUGCUCAAUAACUUGUAUUUUCAUCACGAGCUGAAA